ACAAGGGAAGAAGGGAUGUUUGGAACCCCGUCUUCAACGCCGGCCUUCGGAACCCCAUCUUCAACCCUGGCCUUCGGGACCCCAUCGUCAACCCCGGCUUUUGGGACUCCUUCAUCCACGCCGGCAUUGGUGACGCCGUCGACAACUCCGGCGUUCGGAGCUCCUUCUUCUGCUCCGGCGUUCGGGACUCCAUCGACGCCGGCGUUCGGAGCGACGCCGUCGCCGUUUGCUCAGCCCCAGCAAUCCCCAUUCACUCCUUUCUCGAAUCCCCAGCCUCAGCAGCAACCAACCCUAGUUUUUGGGUUUCAGAACCUAUCGCCUUCACCUUUCCCCAAUGCUCAGGUUACCACCCAAAUGGCCCCCGUCGCUCCUCUCUCCCUUCCUCUGCCAGAUCGCGAUGUUCAGGCUAUUGUGGAUGCGUACAAGGAUGAGCCGGGAAACCCUAAGUACUCGUUCAGGCAUUUGCUGUUUAGUGUGACAGAUCCCGCGGCACGAGUGAAGCCAGUGGGGGCUUCAGAUAUUAUGUGGGCAGAAGCAAUGGCGAAACUGGAGGGGAUGGAGGCUUUAGACCGAGAAAGGCUUUGGCCACAGCUGGUGCAAGGGUUUAAGGAACUCUCUGAUCGGCUAAAGCUUCAAGAUGAAGUUAUUGUUUCAGAUACUGAAAGGUUGCGGCAGACACAAGUCAAUGUCAAUAAGCUUCAAAAUCAUUUUGUAGCUGAGACACUUCCAUGGAUCCAGAGAAUGAGACAGAAAGAGCAAGAACUUCAAAGGCGUCUGUUAAGGAUGAUGAGAAUUGUGGAGGCAUUAGAGGGUAAGGGAUUUCGAGUUCCGUUAACAAAAGCUGAAGUUGAAUUAGCUGAGAAACUGGCAACAAUUGCAAGACAGCUGAAGGGACCUGGAGCAGACUUAUCCAAGAGAGUUCAUAACCUGCUCAGAAUAUCUCGACUUCAUGGUAAUGCUGAAACUGGUGGACCCAUAUACCUUCCUGGCUCAACCAAAAUAGAUGAGCAAAGCCUCGCAGACAUGCAAGAUGUAUUGCAAAAGCAAACCGAAGCAAUUGCCAGGUUAGGGAACGUGUUGAAGAGGGACACAAGGGACAUGGAGAUCAUAAUGGCUGAGGGUGCAGACAUGGUAGAGGACUCUGUUGGGAGAAGGGCUUUAAAGACAUGAUACUCUAAUGAGACUUUGUUCAAUCUUGUCU